AUGUGCGUGAUGCAGAUGCAAUUUGAAGGCUUGACUGUGGAGCAGGCCCGUCAGCGUGUUUUUCUAAUCAACAGUAAAGGGCUAAUCACAAAGAACAGUCCGGUGGUGAAACCGGAACAUCAAAAAUACGCCAAGGAUGUGCCGCACAUAAAGGAUUUGCUUGAGAUAAUAGAAACGGUGAGACCAACAGGAUUGAUUGGUGCAUCAACAGUUCGCGGUGCAUUUACGGAGCAGAUCAUCCGGAAAAUGGCUGAAUUGAAUGAGCGACCAAUUAUCUUUGCGCUUUCAAAUCCAACCAGUAAGUCGGAAUGCACGGCCGAAGAAGCAUUUCGAUAUACGGAAGUAUGCACAGUUCAUUUGACUUCAUCAGUUCUGUUAGCUAGCUGUCCGGCUAUUGCACUCGCUCUUUCUUCGUUACGGACCGUUACUUUUUUUUGUAGUUUUGAGCUGAAAAGUGUGAAUACAUUGCUGAAAAACGUUUCUGCAGAAAAGUUCUCCAUUAAAAAGUGUCCUUGA